AUGCAGCUGAAGAGCGGGGAUGCUGCUGCGUACUACCACAGCGCAGAAUACUGCAGGAGCUACACCUCACCGCCCACCGUCAGCUACAGUCCCUGCAGCCACUACCUGCCCCGGCUCCCAGGGCCUGAGAACAUGUUGAAGCCCCCCCUGAGUCUCUUCAGCCACCCCCAGCAGCCUUUCCACCACCUGGACUGCCUGCACCAGCUGGGACCUCCACCCAUGGCACCUAUGCAGCCUCUCGGCCCCCCACCCAUGGUCCCGGCUCAGGCAAUUGGACUCCGUACUAUGGCUCCCUCCCAGACUCUAGGGCCCCCUCCCAUAAGUGCUACUCACCCAUUAAGGCCUCCCCACAUUACCCCACCACACAGCUUAGGCCCCCCUCCGAUGGGGCCAGCUCAGCCUUUGGGACCUCCACCCUUGCCACACACCAUGGGGCCCCCACAUGUAAAUCACACACAAGCGAUAGUGCCUCUAACCAUGGACCUCACGCAGCCAUUAGGGCCUCCCCCUAUGAACCAUGCCCAAGCGCUGGUGCCACCACCUGUAGUGGCGCCCGGAGCUGGCAGAUUCCCCCCCCCUCCCAGCCCUCUGUUGUCCCCUCCUGCUCCGGGCCCAGAUCCAUCACAGCUGCCCCCCCGGCCCCCAGGUCCGACCCUCAUCCCAUCCGGCCUCAUCCCCUGUGAGCAGCCCCAGGACGAGGGCUCUCCUCUGGGCAUGGAGGAGCAGGAGGACCAGGGGCUGGAGGAACUGUGCAAACCGCUGUACUGUAAACUCUGCAACGUUACACUGAACUCCGCUCAGCAGGCUCAGGCUCACUACCAGGGGAAGAACCACAGUAAAAAGUUGAGGAACUUCUACGCUGGCAGUCAACAGCCACCAGCCAUUAGGAUCCCAGAGGUCCUGGAUGCCGCGGGCCAACCAGCCCUCAACUCAGGAUCCACAGACAGUGACACAAGCCGACAGGCCUUGUACAAGGGGGCGACUCGGGUCAUCUUGGCCACAGAGAACGACUACUGCAAGCUGUGCGACGCCUCCUUCAGCUCACCAGCGGUUGCACAGGCUCACUACCAGGGCAAGAACCACGCCAAGAAACUGAGGCUCGCAGAGGCCCAGCAGAACUCCAAUAACAUGGAAAGCAGCAAUGAGGCGGCCGCAAGAAGAAACAGGAAAGAUGGCAGCGAAUACAAACUGUUGAAAAACCGCCGCAGCCCACAGCUACCGGCCGCCAUGCCAGGGCCGUACUACAACCCCCGGCCGAGGCAGCGCAUCCCCCGGGACCUGGCCAUGUGUGUGACUCCCAGCGGACAGUUCUACUGCUCCAUGUGCAACUGUGGCGCCGAGCAGGAGACGGACUUCAGGCAGCAUCUGGAGAGCAAGCAGCACAAGGCUAAAGUGUCCGAGUUAAGAUACCGCCACGAGAUGGAGAACCUCGGCUACAGCUAA